UAUGUAACUUCAGGGACGGUCCCUUAAUUUGUAAAUAUCUGCGAAUAUCGAACGUCCAACGUCAAGCCAAUUUUAUGCCAGUUUAUGCCAUCACGAGCGUCUUUUGGAUGUAUUCGAUUAUCCUGUGCAAAGCAAACACCCACUUUAAGUGUAGGUGUCCCCUCGUAAAUAUUAAUAUAGUAAGACCAAAUGGAUAAGCGAAACUAAUCGACACAAAAUCUCUAAAGAAGGGCAUGACGGCACUGCUUUUGUUUUUACACAUACGCGGCGAUGCAUGGCAGCACCAACAUGAUGGGAUUUCCAAUGUUGAAGAUUCAUCGUAUGGACGUCGUUUAGAGCCAGAGGAUUUGAUGAACAUGCAGCACUGCAACCUGCUAUGUCUUCCAGAAAACUACCAAAUGAAAUACUAUUUUUACCAUGGACUCUCUUGGCCACAGCUUUCCUAUAUAGCUGAGGAUGAGAAUGGAAAGAUAGUUGGAUAUGUUCUGGCCAAAAUGGAGGAGGAUCCAGAUGAUGUGCCUCAUGGACAUAUUACGUCAUUAGCAGUUAAACGUUCCCACAGAAGACUUGGUCUCGCUCAGAAGUUAAUGGACCAGGCCAGUCGAGCCAUGAUUGAGAACUUCAAUGCUAAAUAUGUAUCUCUUCAUGUUAGAAAGAGCAAUCGGGCAGCCCUUCAUUUGUACUCCAACACACUCAAAUUUCAAAUAAGUGAGGUAGAGCCAAAGUACUAUGCUGAUGGUGAAGAUGCAUACGCAAUGAAGAGGAACCUUACACAGAUGGCAGAUGAGUUGCAGAAACCUGGUGUGCGUCUGUGGGGAUCUGAGAUGCCUCCGUCGCAGACAGUUGCAGUCACGGAGCUGGUGCAGAAACUCUCAAUGCAGGAUGGAGAGAAGGAGGGUGAUGGAGACAGCGGAGGAGAGAGUAAAGAGAUGAGUGAAGUAAGUGAGGCUACUGAAAGCACGGACGUCAAAGACUCCUCCUCUGAUUCCUAAACAACCUCAUCAUCGGAAGACGUCUCACCCUAAUCAACAUGUCAACCUAGGAUUCUAAAUUGAUUUAAUACAACCCAGCAUUUGGUUAAUUAGGCAAUAUUGUCAAUGUACAAAGAGACAAUUUGAUAAAAGUAUUCAUGGUUAUUGGAAUAUUUCUACACAGUAAUGUUAAUAAAAUUUGACACUAUACAUAA